GUUUAACAGGAGACGCUCGCGCGUCCGCACAGUUUCUGCUGGGAACGACGCGCGAGGCUGGACGCAUGCGAGGUCUUUUCCUGGACUUUAACGGGAUUCCGAGGGCGACAGUUGUUCAUGCAGCUCGAGGCUCGCGUGUGGAUGUUUGAAGACAUGCGGCGCGGUGCCUGCUAAAUAUUUGGGGACGAGCGGUGAGCGAGAGACUAUGCAGAGGUUAACGGGACGCGAAGUGUCAGAUCAGAUGCUGCGUCGAAACUCUCUUGCAUUGAACUUUAGUCUCUCCGAAUAGAAACCUGUCGUUGAGCCGUGCCGCACUACCAGCAGAGGCUUGUCCGCAUGGAAAGUGUCCAAACACAGCCUGUUUAUCCUGAGAAUAAGGGAAUGUUUCUUCCGUGUUGAUCCGGGAUGGAUGUGCUGUUGUAAACGCAUCCGAUCUUCAGAAAGAUGCAGCAUCUCCGCGUGGCGUGGGCGCUCGCGGGAGCGGCGGUGGGCUUUUUCCUGCUCUUCUUGAUUCAAACGCAUUUCUUCGGAGAAGGUCAGCUGGUGGCGGGUACAUGUGAAAUCGUGACUCUGGACAGGGACAGCAGUCAGCCAAGGAGGACCAUCGCCCGGCAGACGGCCAGGUGUGCCUGCAGGAAGGGCCAGAUUGCAGGCACAACCAGAGCCAGUCCAGCAUGCGUGGAUGUGAGCAUUGUCAGGAGCAGACAGUGGUGUGAGAUGAUGCCUUGUUUGGAUGACGAAGGCUGUGACCUAUUGGUAAACAGAACGGGCUGGACGUGUGCACAGCCGGGAGGCCGAGUGAAAACAACUACUGUAUCCUGACGCCAGUGAGGGAUGAUUUUCCCAAGAGAGGCGCGACGUACGGAAGCACCUCGUCAUUCUCCAAAGCUACAGCGGGGCGGGGGAGGGGAGCAUUCAUCAUAGUCCUGUUAGCCCUGUCUGUCAGUCUCUCCAUUAGUCCUUCAGUCUCAUAAGAUAAGGGGUGAGGACCUCUCAUCAUGGAGUUUACGUGGACCAUGAGGAACGGAUCCCCCUGUGCUAUCAAUCAAAGCUGAAAUGGCCAACGUUUUGUUUGCUUAUGCCAAAACUGGCAAUAUCGGUUUGCAGGAUAGUUUGCGACCUGGAUCUUGAAACGUGUUUGGAUCUAUCAAAAUUUUACAGACCAAAGAAAUACGGGCAAAUUUCUGUGUGGAAGGAUUUCCAAUAUGAACACGGACACACACAUCAGCUGCUUCAGCUUCCACAAACGCAAGCAAAAACACACAUACCUGAGCUUCGUGAGGAGUUUUUCCAACCGAGCACACACAAAAUGGACAAAAAAGACAUUCGCGACAAAAGUGUUGACUUUUCUGUGAUUGUAGGUCUGUUGCCAUUGUUGUGAUUUGGACUGAAAUUGUGGUGUAUUUCGCCGGUUCUCAGAAGAAUCACACUCAGUCAGGGGUUUCUCACCGAAGAAAAGACUUUAUUUUAAACAAAACAAAGUCGAGAGGACGUUGCAAGGAACUCUCCCGUGCGUUAUUUGGUUUUUCCUUAUAUACAUCAUACAUGGGGCGGUCCCACAUAGGCAUGUCUCCUUUUAGACCAUCAUAAAUCACAAGGGGAGGGGAGGCCUUUAAGGUAUGUCUGACCAUAUGCUUCUCUCUGUGCAUUCCAGGGCAUAGGCAACUUGUCUAUUAGAUUUUAGGCCUGUAAGAGUUUAAUAGAAUAAUAACUUUAAAACAAAAAUGGCUAGAUUCACAUUGAUUAUAUACUUGAUUAAUUGAAACUUUACUAAUAAAAAUCUUCCACAUAUUCUCCCCUUUGAGACUUAAUAAGUCUCACAUUUGAUUAUUCUUAUCCAGAGUGCUACUCCAUAAUCCAGUCAUAUUAGUUACACUACCUAGUGACUAAAUAAGUCACAUUGUAUUAUC